GGCUCAGGCCCUUCAUCAGGAAGGAAAUGUACAGUCAAGUCGAACAUCCCGCUGGAGGCUACAAGAAGCUCUUUGAGACAGCGGAGGAGCUGUCCUCUCCAGUGACUGCCCAUGUCACAGGCAGGGUGCCCACCUGGCUGCGAGGAAGCCUCCUGAGAUGUGGUCCUGGCUUGUUUGAGGUGGGUGCAGAGCCCUUCUAUCACCUCUUCGAUGGUCAGGCACUCCUCCACAAGUUUGACUUCAAGGAGGGGCAUGUCACCUAUCACCGGAGGUUUGUCAGGAGUGAUGCUUAUGUGAGAGCAAUGACUGAGAAAAGGAUCGUGAUAACAGAGUUUGGCACCUAUGCUUACCCAGACCCGUGCAAGAACAUCUUUUCCAGGUUUUUCUCAUACUUCAAAGGUGUGGAGGUCACUGAUAAUGCACUAGUUAAUGUCUACCCCAUUGGUGAAGAUUACUAUGCCUGUACUGAGACCAACUUCAUAACCAGAAUUAACCCAGAAACGUUAGAGACAGUUAAGCAGGUGGAUCUCUGUAAAUACGUGUCUGUGAAUGGGGCAACAGCUCAUCCCCACAUCGAGAAUGAUGGGACCGUCUACAACAUUGGGAAUUGCUUUGGAAAAAACUUUGCUCUCGCUUAUAACAUCAUACGGAUCCCUCCUCUUCAGGCAGACAAGGAAGACCCAAUAAACAAGUCAGAGGUGGUGGUGCAGUUCCCUUGCAGUGAGAGGUUCAAGCCCUCCUACGUUCACAGCUUUGGACUGACAGAAAACUACAUAGUGUUUGUUGAAACACCAGUAAAAAUCAACCUUUUCAAGUUCCUCUCCUCAUGGAGCCUUUGGGGAACCAACUACAUGGACUGCUUCGAGUCCAACGAGACCAUGGGGGUCUGGCUUCAUGUGGCAGAGAAAAAGAAAGGCAGGCUCCUGAACAUCAAAUACCGCACCUCGGCCUUCAACCUCUUCCAUCACAUCAACACCUAUGAAGAUAAUGGAUUUCUGAUUGUGGACCUCUGUACCUGGAAGGGGUUUGAGUUUGUCUACAACUACCUCUACUUGGCCAACUUACGGGCCAACUGGGAUGAAGUGAAGCGCCAGGCGGAGAAAGCCCCGCAGCCCGAGGCGCGCAGAUACGUCCUGCCCCUCACCUUUGACAAGGCCAACACUGGUAAGAACCUGGUCACCCUGCCCUACACCACAGCUACAGCCACCUUGCGCAGCGAUGACACCAUCUGGCUGGAGCCAGAAGUCAUUUUCUCAGGGCCACGCCAUGCCUUUGAAUUUCCACAGAUCAAUUACAAGAAGUACUGUGGGAAACCUUACACAUACGCAUAUGGGCUGGGCCUGAACCACUUUGUCCCAGACAAGCUUUGCAAGCUGAACGUUAAAACCAAGGAGACCUGGGUGUGGCAGGAACCAGAUUCGUACCCAUCAGAGCCCAUCUUCGUUUCCCAUCCGGAUGCGCUGGAGGAAGAUGAUGGGGUAGUGCUGAGCAUUGUGAUCAGCCCGGGCGUGGGACCCAAGCCUGCCUACCUCCUGAUCCUGAGCGCCAAGGACAUGAGCGAGGUGGCCAGGGCAGAGGUGGAGAUGAACAUUCCCGUGACUUUCCAUGGGAUGUUUAAGAGAGCCUGACUGCUGCCUGCGACACGUCACAUCUGGCUUCUUCCAGCUCUGGAAAGGUGCCCCCUCUGUUUAUAAGUCUUUUGGUAACAUUGUGUAGAAGAGCCUCUGUGCUUUGAGGAAAUGGUAAUUUUUAGCCUAUACUGAAGCCUUAUGGAUUUAAAUCCCCUCCUGGCCACUCCUGUAGUAUCCUCAGAGCAAUCUGAGUGGAGCCUUUCCAUGCUGCUUUGGAAACGUGAGCCAGCAGGCCCGAGGGUGUGUGGCAGCAGCAUUUUGUCCUUCACUAGUGCACAUGCUGCUCUAUGUGUUUGCUCUUUGCCAUUUCUUUUGUCAAAGUGCAGCUUCUAGAGUUCUGGAUUUGAGGCUGAAACAUGGCUAUGAAAACACUCAUAUCACUUGGGAUGAAUUUGCUUCCUCAGAGUGUUACAGCCCCUCAGCUGAAUCCUUCCUUUCACAAGAUAAAUUUUCAGCUGAUGUAGUAAGAGGCUGUG